UUCUGUUGUAAUUUUAAGUGUCUUGAUUUUAAUUGUUCUGCUUAAAGCUUUUAAAUUGUUACUCUAUUCAUUUCUGAGAUAUUUUUUGUGAAUUAUUGUAUCCUGAAAAUAUCUGUGUAUCUUGAUGUUGAAAUCUUUCUUUAAUAUAUCAAGAUCCUUUUUUCUUACACCAAACUCUAGAUAUCUCUCAAGUAUGGGAAAAAUCAAGAUUGGAACUCACAGUGGAACAUUUCAUUGUGAUGAAGUACUUGCAUGUAGUAUGCUAAAACAUGCUGAUUCUAAGUAUCAUGAUGCCGAAAUUGUCAGAUCUCGAGACAUGAAAGUACUUGAUGAAUGUGAUAUUGUUGUUGAUGUUGGUGGGGUGUAUGAUCCUGAAACUCACAGAUAUGAUCAUCAUCAAAGGUCAUUUGAUCAUAAUAUGAAUUCUUUGAACCAAGAUUAUCCCUGGACCAUCAAGUUAAGCAGUGCUGGUCUUGUAUACUACCACUUUGGUCAUCAAAUCAUUUCUAAAAUUCUUGGAUUGCCCGCUGAUUCAGAAAAUGUGAAUGUUUUGUUUCACAAAGUAUAUGAAAAUUUUGUUCAGGAAAUAGAUGCUAUAGAUAAUGGCAUAGAUUCUACAGAUAAAGAACCAAGGUAUAAGAUACAUACACAUUUGAGUGCUAGAGUGAAACAUUUGAAUCCGUCUUGGAAUGAGAAAAAUCCUGAUGAAAAUGCAUGUUUCCAGAAUGCUAGUAAGUUAGUAGAAACAGAAUUUUUAGACAGAGUUCAUUUUUAUGGUAAAGUAUGGUUACCUGCCAGGGAUAUUGUGAAAAAGGCCAUAAUGGACAGAAGUAAAGUUCAUCCCAGUGAAGAAAUAGUUGAAUUUGAAAAUGGUGGCUGUCCUUGGAAAGAACAUCUUUUUGAGAUUGAAGAAAGUCUGAAAAUAGAGAAACCUAUCAAGUUUGUGAUUUAUACAGAUACUUUAGGAUUGUGGCGGGUUCAGUGUGUUUCUGUGUCCCCAUUUUCUUUUGAAAAUAGACUAUCCUUGAAGAAAGAGUGGCGAGGUCUAAGAGAUGAAGAAUUGUCAGAGGUUAGUGGCAUUCCUGGCUGCACCUUUGUACAUUCAAGUGGUUUCAUAGGAGGCAACAAAACACGAGAAGGGGCUCUUAGAAUGGCAUUGGAUACAUUAAAUUUGAUUAAAUAAUGAAAUUUUUACAAAGAUUAUGUUACUUUAAUAAAACAAUCAUUUCAUA